AUGCCUAAAACUAAGAAAAGCAGAACCAGAAAGUCUGUAAAUGAUGACGAUGAUGACAAUGAAGAAGUAUCACACGAAUUUGAAACUUCCUCAAUGGAUUCUUCUGAAAGUUCAAACGAUAACGACCUGGAAGAAGGUUCUGGUGAUGAAAGCAACUCUAGGAGAGAUCGAAAACCAUCCGUUUCUGCUUCAUCAUCCAAAAACUCAAAGAAACGAGGUAAAUUAGAGAAUAAAGGCUCAUCAUCGUCAUUAACGGCAAAGAAGAAAAAACCAGCAAGAAAGAAAAAAAAGAAUUCCUCUUCCACUGAAACAUCUUCUCUUCUUUUUUAUGAUUUUACAACUACGGAUGAUUUCAAUAAUUCAUUACCAGACGCAGUCUAUUUUAGCAGACUGGUUUUUGAUAAAUUGACUAUGGAAGAAGUUAGAGAUUUGCCCAUUCAAUUUGCCCUUGAGUUUCCGGAGGACUAUUUAGCAGUUAGAAAUGUCAUUCUAUUCAUGUGGUGGAACGAUAUUGCUACAUGGAUCCUGUGUGAUACUCUUUUAGAACAAAUUCCAAAUCUUUCAUAUAUUAAGAAGAAUACCAUUGUUUCACCAUCAGUGUUAUCAGAAAUUAUUGUUGUAGCAUAUGAAUUUUUGAAUAGAAACGGAUUCAUUAAUUAUGGAUACAUGUGUAGUACUAGGUACCCAAGGCCAUUGGAUACAAGUUUGAGACCUCAUCACUUUGAAUUGCUGAAAAGGUCCCCAAAUCCCGAUAAGGAAAGCAAGAACAUUGUUGUUAUCGGCGCUGGUAUCUCUGGUAUUUUAGCUGCAAAAAAACUUCUUUCUCUAGGAUAUAAGGUUACAGUGGUUGAGGGUCGAGGAAGACCUGGUGGUCGAGUGUUUACAGAUUACUCUUGGUCAGAUCAUUCACCUGUUGAUAUUGGUGCUUCAAUCAUUACAAACACAUCUGCUUCUCCAAUUGUAUGCCUUGCUAACCAAACUCUGAUCAACUUGGUAACCAUGCCAAAAGAGGAUCAAUUAUUUCAAUCCAAUGGAAAGAAACUUCCAAAGACUUUGGAUGAAAAAUAUACCAAUCUCUAUAAUGAAAUUUUGGAUCGGGUGUGCUCAUUAAAAUUGCCUGAACACGAAGAGGAACGAGAAUUGUACCGAAGAGAUCCAAAUUUAGGAUUUUCAGAUAGACAUCCAAAAGAUUUAAGUUUUGAAGCUCGAGUGAACAAAACAGACAUGUCAUUGGGAUAUGCACUUGAUAAGAUGAUUGAUUAUUAUGUUAGCCAGGUUCCUGAGGAAGAACGAAAAACAAUGAAAGAGGUAUUACAUUGGCAUGCAGCAAAUUUAGAUUAUGGCGUUGGACAUGAUGUAGAGUCAGCCUCACUUUACCAUUGGGACCAAGAUGACAUUUACGAACUAGGUGGAGAUCAUUCUUUUGUGAAAGAAGGAUUUUCCAAGAUGAUUGACAUUCUCUGUAAUGAUUCUCAACAGUUGGAGCAUCACAUUCAUUUUAAUCAUAUGGUUACUGAAAUUGACUAUUCAAACCCUGACUUUAUCUUGGUAAAAGCAAUUACUACUCCCAAGUUUGAAAAUACUAAUUCUAAUCCAAUUGGAGAAUGCAAACCAUACAAACCAGAAAAACAAUCACGAUCAGAUCUAAAAUUUACAUAUCGAUGUGAUGCAGUUUUGGUAACUGUGCCAUUAGGAGUUCUACAGGGAAAAUCUCCAUCGAAUAUGUUCAAUUUUAAUCCACCAUUACCAGAAUGGAAAAGUCAAGCGAUUCACAAGCUAGGUUUUGGAUUAUUGAACAAAAUUAUUUUAGAAUUUGAUUAUGAAUUUUGGGAAAAGUCUCACUUUUUCUUUGGAUUAACCCAUGAGAACCCUAACGAGCGAGGAUUUUGUUACUUGUUUUGGAAUUUAUAUCCUCUCACAAAAAAACCAUUACUGUGCGGACUAGUGGCUGGAAAAUCAGCAUUUGAGUUGGAGAAUGAUGCCAAUAAUUUAGAGUUGAUCAAAUCCAAGGUUAUGAAAUAUUUGAGAAAGGCUUAUCAUUGGAGUACAGAUCUCCCUGAACCUAAAAAGAUAUUAAGAACUAAUUGGUACAGUGAUCCAAUGAGUACAGGCUCAUACUCGUAUGUGAGAAUUGGUGCAACUGGUGAUGAUUAUGAUUUGUUGGCCGAGAGUGUACAAGAUCGAAUCUUUUUUGCAGGUGAACACACAAGUCGAAAAUUCCCAGCAACGGUCAUGGGAGCUGCAGUUUCUGGACUGAGAGAGGCUUCAAAAAUGGAUGCACAUUUUUCCUGGAAUAUGCCAACCUGUAAUAACAGACUCUCAAACUUGAAACAAGGUAUUCAAACCACUACUUGUACGAAUGGCAACAAUGGAAAGAAUCAUUCAACGAAUAAUGUCAAGGAAAAUAACAACCAAAGUGGCCAGAUGACAUCUAUGAACCAUUCCUCAUCCACAACUCCUACUUCCAAUGCUAAUGGCAGCAAACGCACAACCCACUUGGUGAAGAAUCAUGAUCCUGGUGUGACCAGCGCUGUAACUCCUCCUUUGAGAGCAAAUUCUAACAACAAGGAAGAUCAUUCUUUGCUUUCGACCAUGGUUAAAAAAUCAGACAAGUCCUCUCAUGCCAUUCCUAUUCAACCCGCUGCAACCUCAUCGAGCAGAGGAUGGAGAAGGACAGCCAUGACUCCAUCUUUACAUCAACAAGGUGAAGUAACAAGGUCUGCUUUCCCACAUGGAACGACUUCAAGCAGCACAACUUCUACCGCAACACUUCACGUGAUACCCACACCUCUACCUCCAUCAUUGCACUACACAACGACACCACCACCACCACCAGGAAUUUAUGGGCCACCUCCUCCACCUCCUCCACCUCCACCACCACCACAGAUUGGAGGAACCAUGUAUACCACAACCACUACUGCCAGCAUACCUCCACCUCAUACAGCAGGAGGUUUUUAUCCGUACAACAAUCAAUUUAUCAAUCCUCCACCACCACCACCACCACAAGCAUCCAUUUCUCCAAGUGCUCAACCUCGUACCUUAAUGACUGGACCAACAUCGACCCUCUUUCCACAGCCUUUUUUCAACCACAAGGGCAAUCCCUUCCAAAGUAUGAUGCCAAAAUCUGUUGUUGGUGACACAAAGCUGUUGGAUGAGCAAAAAAAGACACGCAAGCAAUAA